GCAAACUGAAUCAAAUGCAUAGCGGCUUAUGCGACAAGAUCUAUAAAUAAUUAGAAUAAUCAUAAUUUAUAAUAUUAUUAAUAUUCUUUUUAUGGCACAGAAAAAAUAAAUGAUUACAUUUCGAUGUAAGAAGAAAUACAUAAAUUAAGAAGAAGUUGAAUUCAAAUGAUAGCAUCAAUUUAACCUAACAAAAUUUUUAAAAAUGUUUCAAAGGUGUGUAAGUUUAUGUUUAAAUAAUUUAAAGUUACAAUCACAUAUACCUUCUAAAUAUGCGAGUACAUUAUCAAAAGUAGAAGCAAAGAAAAGAAGAAAUGCUCUUUUCGAUGAAGAAAAAAAAAUGCAGCGAAGUGCCAUAGGUAGAAUAGAAAAAAUAGAAGUUAAAUAUAAAUCACCUACAGAAGAUGUUGUUUUAAUUAUGAAUAAAGAUAUUUCCACUCCUCACGAUUGUGCCAAACAUAUUUCUGAAGGUGUUACUAAUGUUUCUGCUUUGGCAUUAGUCGAUGGAAAUCCAUGGGAUAUGCAUAAACCUUUUAAAUCUGAUUGCACCUUAGAACUUGUAAACAUGAUGAAUCCAAAAAUAAGUGUAAUUAACUAUGCUUUUUGGCGAACUUGUUCUUUUGUCUUGGGUGCUGUAGCUGAUAAUGCUUUUAAAGAUGACUUGACAGUUCAUUUACACAGUUUUCCAGUACCGGUAAUAAAGUCUGGAAGUUUUGUAUAUGAUGUAUUUAUUGAUUUACCUGAUUGGAAACCAACAGAGGCAGAAUUAAAAGCUAUGUCUGCUUUAUUUGUUAAAUUUAUAAAUAACGAGAUGCCUGUAGAAAGACUCGAAACAACAGAAUUAAUCGCACAAGAAAUGUUUUGUGAUAAUCCAUAUAAAUAUAAACAAAUACCUAAUAUUGCUGCUAAUAGUGUUGAUAAUAAAGUUACGCUUUAUAGAAUAGGAGAUCAUAUAGACAUUAGUAAAGGUCCAAUGAUAGGUAAUACGAAGAUAAUAGGACGUUGCACUGUUUCUGCAAUUCAUAAAUUAACAUCAGAUGACGGUGAAGUACUUUAUCGUUUUCAAGGAGUCGCUAUUCCUAAAGGAAUUUAUCUCAAUCAUUUUGCAUAUAGUAUAUUAGAGGAUCGUGCUAGGAAAUUAAACGAUGCAAUGUGGCAACCACAAAAAGAUUUAGAAGAAGAUUUUGCAGAAAAUAUACAAGUAGGCGUUAACAAUUAAUAAGUUUGUAAGUAUUGUAUAAAUAUAUGUAAACUUUAUAAACUAA